UUGGUUUUCCUCUCUCUGUUUUCACUUUCACCCUUUUUGUUGACUCAAUGAAAAAAAGGAAAGUGAAUUUUGGAUAGCAUACUCAGUUGAUCGUGGUUUCUAUAUUUGUGGAGGAACGAGAAAAAUUAACAAGUCUGAGAUCGCACGCUUUUUCUACGAUCUCUCCCUUUCCUAUUUGAGUAAUUCUGUGCACAUUUUAAGUUCUAAUCCCCGCAGUUUGUCUCUGAAUGAAGUGAAAGCCAAACCGAGCCGUCACCGCCUCCGCCUCCAGUGAAGAUUCCAGAAUCAGCAAUGCGCGCUAUAGUCGGGAAUCUGGACCGUUUUCUCGACUCCGUCACUCCUAAUCCUCCUUCUCGCUACCUUCACAAGAGCUGUGUGCAUGAUCUAAACAGCCUCUGGGAGCCAAUUAGCAAGGAUGUUGUUGAAUAUUACACUUUGGGAGAUCUUUGGAAUUGCUAUGAAGAAUGGAGUGCAUAUGGUGUUGGGACUGAUGUGGUUUUGAACAAUGGUGACUGUGUUACCCAAUACUAUGUUCCGUAUCUAUCAGCUAUUCAGAUUUACACUAACAAGUUUGGUUCAGCUUCCAGAAUCCCAAAGCAAGAUAAUGAUGAAGUAGAAUUUGAAAGUGAUUCCUGGAGUGAUGACAGCACAAGUGACAAACUAUCAAGGUCUCCAAGCAACAACUCCAGCAGAACUUGGGAUGCCACUUCUGAAGAUUCAAAUUCAGACCAAGAUGCUUCAUGGCAACUGAAGGAUAAGUUUGGCUACCGUUACUUACAGUAUUUUGAGAUCUCAUGUCCUUACUGGAGGGUUCCACUUAAGGACAAGGUAACUGAAUUAUCUCAGCAUUAUCCUAGACUAAUGACGCUGAGGAGUGUGGAUCUUGCUCCAGCAAGUUGGAUAGCUGUAGCAUGGUAUCCUAUAUAUCAUAUUCCAUCUCAACGAAAUGACAAGGACUUGUGUGCUUGCUUCCUCACUUUCCAUACACUAUCCUCGUGUUUCCUAGAUAGCGGUGUCGAGCACUACAACAUUUCAGGGAAGGAAACUCACUAUUCUAAAGAAGUGAAAGAAAAAGAAAUCAGCGCAGUCAAGAUUUCACUUUCUCCCUUUGGCCUUGCAACUCACAAGAUGCAAGGAGAUCUUUGGGUAAAACCAGACACCCUUGAGCAUGAAAACAUGGAAAAUCUUAAAAGUGCUGCAUCUUCAUGGUUGAAGCAGCUUGAAAUCGAACACCACGACUUUAAAUAUUUUAAGUUGCACACUGCCGUGUAAAUUAGCAUGUGUUUAUGACUCCGUUUUAUUUCAAUCUCCUAGCUACCACUUUUUAAAAAUUCCCCAAUUCCAGCUUUUGUGCUCAGUAAUUUAGCCAUGAGGUUGGCUAUGUGUAAUCAAUGCAAACCGAUGGUUUGUUGUAGGAAGUUUUGUGCUGGGGGGUUUUAGCGGACUGAGUCGUUUUAUUUAGGUUGAGGGGCUUUUGACAGAAAAAUGGAGAAGUUUGGAACUUGUAAAAGUAUAUGGCUCUUUUGUAGUUCAAAUUUUGCUUUUCAACGUCUUUUCCCAUUCAAGAGCCAUGUUAGACAUGGUUAUAACUUUUGAUAUGUAGCCAUGUAUGGUAAAAGACGUUAGGUGUUUAAACCU